AUGUCUGGUUCUUUUUGGAAGUUCGGUCAAGAUUACUCGAUAGAGUCACCGGUUUCUAAAAUUCUAAAUAGUGCCUUUAUUAAGGUCGGUAAAGACCAGGACGAGGAUGUACCCACUAGCGCGAUUGAAGAACACGUUGACACCGGUGGAAACGAACCUUCCACUGAUGGAUUGAUUUCUGAAAAAAGUAUUGGUGACGAGAAGGAAACCCUUGGUGACGAGGGUGACGACAAGGAGGAAGAAAAUGCUCUACCGACCACGGAAUCUGAAUAUGAGAAUUAUAAGCCUAAUUUAGAGGUUCUGGAUGAUUUGCUGGAUGAUGAUGAACUAUACACGGAAUUAAUGUGUUCCAACUUCAAACUUCUAAUAUUUUUGAAGUAUCCUGAAGUUCUAUCAAAAUUGAUAGAAUAUGUUACCAAUGAAAAGGUUCUCGACGAAGCACCGGAUAGUAUCGCAAAGCCUGAAAUAAUUGAAGGCGUAAAUGAUCAACCCAUUUUGAUAGAUCAUGGCGAAAGGAAGGAAAGUGGGGAAGCUGAAGAAGCAGAAAAUGAUAGCGACAAUGAUUCUAACGACGAAAGAAGCGUUAAUUCCGAAGAGACAAGCAUUACUUUACCUCCAGAAUCUGAAGAACAGUUGGAGACUAGAAGAGCUAGAAUAGCAGCAGAGAUCUUGUCGGCUGAUGUAUGGCCCAUAUCUGCAGCAAUAAUGGAGAACAGAAACCUGCUCAGUAGGUUAUGGUCGAUACUAGAUCAUCCAGCUCCGUUACCAAUACCUGCUUCUACGUACUUUAUGAAAAUAAAUGAGAGACUCCUUGACAUGGAUAUUACAGGAAUGUUAGGGUUUAUUUUGCACCGUGGUAAUUUGGUUGCGAGGUUCUUAACGCAUGUUGACAACCCUUCCUUGAUGGACUUUCUUUUAAAAGUUAUCUCGACGGAUAAACCGGAUUCUCCUACAGGAGUCAUUAAGAUAUUAAAAGCACAAGAUUUAAUACCUAAACUUCUAGAUCACCUUAAUCCGGAGUACGGUGUCUCUACACAAUCAGCAGCCGGCGAUUUCAUUAAGGCAUUUGUUACAUUGAGUACUAACUCGAGCAAUGAACUCGCUUCAGGAAUAGGUCCUAACGAAUUGACAAGACAAUUGGUAUCAGAGGAAAUGAUGGAGAAAUUAAUCAAAAUAAUGUUAAAAGGUGGCACAUGUUUAAGUAAUGGAGUUGGAAUCAUAAUAGAAUUAAUCAGGAAAAACAAUUCAGAUUACGAUUUCAUCCAGUUAGUAUACACCACGAUAGAAAGUCAUCCCCCCAAUGAUCGAGAUCCAAUUCAUUUGACACAUUUGGUUAAGUUAUUUGCUAAGCAUAUGCCUGAUUUUGCUAAGAUGCUUAACGAGACUAAGUUGCCAAUAAUGGAAAUGCCGUUUGGUGAGAUUGAACCUCUAGGCUUUGAAAGAUUUAAAAUCUGUGAACUUAUUGCAGAACUACUACACUGUUCUAAUAUGACAUUACUCAAUGAGCCUAAUGGUGAGUUGAUUGCUAAAGAGCGUGAUAUGGAAAGAACUAAAGAAUUGGAAAACUCGGUUGAUAAUGAAGCAGACCAGUCUGCGGCAGAUAAUAAUAUUGCAUGUUUCGAUAAGGAUUAUGUUGAAGAAAAAGAGGUUACGAAUAGCUUAGGUACUCUUCAAAUAAAUAACCAAGAUGAUAGUGGAGAGGAAGAAGUAGAUGAUUCCCAGAUAACGGAUGAAAAAUCGAAUGGGAAAGUAACGGAAGGUCUGGAGAAUGAUACUUCUGGGGUUGAACUCUAUGAUGAAACUCUGUCCGACACGGAAUCUAUGAGGGAAUGUUUGAGAGAGAAACCACUUGUGGGAGACAGACUAAAAAUCGCUCUAGAAGACACUAAAAUACUGGUUAGUAUCCUCGAUAUGUUCACUAAGUUUCCGUGGAACAAUUUUUUGCACAAUGUUAUUUUCGACAUUGCUCAGCAAAUUUUUAACGGGCCACUUAAAACUGGUUAUAACAGGUUUCUUUUGAAGGAUUAUUUGGUAGAUGCAUACUUAACUCGAAAGAUAGUAGAUGCUGACAAAGCAUGUCAAAACUACGAAAAAGAAACAGGUUUACGCUAUGGUUAUAUGGGACAUUUAACAUUAAUUGCCGAAGAAAUAUCAAAAUUCAAAGAGUAUAUUGACGAAAUGAAACUGACCUUUUGCAAUACUGUUGUUUCAGAUCGUCUUGAUGAAGCUUUUUGGAAAGAAUAUAGUGAAACAACUUUGGCGGAUACCAGAGAGAAGUAUAACACGGUUUUGGGAGAUUUCGGAAAUGAACAAGAAAGUGAUGACGAUGACGUUAUUAGAAAUUCUGAUUCAGAAGAUAUAAUUAGCGACACCCAAGGCAGUGAUAACUACGGAGAUGGGGAUGAUGAUGAGCUUCUUAGUAAUCGACACGAUGCUGGGAACAUGGACUUAUAUUACAACUUUAAUAACAACGAAAAUGACGAAAAUGAAGAAGACUACGCAGAGUAUAGUGACGUGGACAAUAAAAAUUACUAUAACAAUGUCAACGCUAAUGUUGAUGAUUAUGAUAGUGACGACAAUAAUUCCAAGAAUUCCAAUCCAAACUUUACAGACAACGUAUCUCAACAUAAUGACGAUUCUGAAGAUAGAAACAAUAAGAGUCUACAUAGUGAAGACAAUGACGAAAACAAGAAUGACAAAUGGACUUCAGGUGCUUCCUUGUUUCCCCUAGACCAUUUUCCUAGUAGAUCGCAACCUUCGGACCCCAAACUGCAAGAUCAGAAUAUCUUUCAGCACGAAUUCGGCUUUAAUGGUGCUGGUGAUGAUGAUGAUUAUAUGGAUCCUAAUGACGAUGGUCAAUCGUAUGCCAGACCAGGCAACCCCUUAUAUAGUACCCCAAAAACACCACCAAGACCAAAAACAAUACUUUUCAAUUCCUUAUCUGCAUUGGAAGACGAUGAAGACGAUGGAGAAACAGCACAAAGCAUUGGUAUCGAUGAUCGAAUAGAUAAUGAUAUAUCGAGUGAUGACGAAGAUUCCGAAGACGAAGAUGAAGAUAAUGACAUGGCCAAUGAUGAAGGUUAUUCAUUAUAUAGAUCAAGGAGUAAGGAAGCAUUCUAA